UGAAGUUUACCAGAAAGCAAAAACUCUUUCCUUCAUAUACAAGAACCCCCUUUUCAUUUCCCUCUGUGCAACAAAACAAAAGUGAGAACUUCUCUUAUCCGAUUCUGGAGCAGAAAACUAGCUGCGGAAUCUUCAGAUUCUCAAGAAACCAAGAGAGUAUUUUUUAGACAGAAUCUUCAAGAACUCGCUCAGAUCUAACCACUGUUCAAGCAAAGCACGGUCCUUAGAGGUAGUGAAAACAUGAUUAAUGUUAUGAAUCCGAUGAGAAGUGGAUCAGAGAAAGGCUUAGAUCCACAACUAUGGCAUGCAUGUGGUGGUGGCAUGGUUCGUAUGCCACCUAUGAACUCCAAAGUCUUCUACUUCCCUCAAGGACACGCCGAGAACGCUUACGACCAUGUAGAUUUCAAGAACCUCCCUAUCCCUCCGAUGGUUCUAUGUCGUGUCUUGGCCAUCAAGUACAUGGCCGACCCUGAAUCCGACGAGGUAUUCGCCAAACUCAAGCUGAUUCCUCUAAAAGACAACGAUCACGAGUACAGAGAGGGCGAAGAUAGUAACGGUUUGGAGAGUAAUAACAGCGAGAAAACGCCGUCGUUUGCAAAGACUCUGACUCAGUCAGAUGCUAACAACGGUGGAGGGUUCUCUGUCCCGCGCUACUGCGCGGAGAUGAUCUUCCCGAGGCUGGAUUACAACGCCGAGCCACCUGUUCAGACCAUUCUCGCCAAGGACGUUCACGGAGAGGUUUGGAAGUUUAGACAUAUCUACAGAGGGACGCCACGUCGCCAUCUUCUGACGACUGGUUGGAGUAACUUCGUGAACCAGAAGAAGCUUGUGGCUGGAGACUCGAUAGUAUUCAUGAGAGCUGAGAAUGGAGAUCUCUGCGUAGGGAUCAGGAGGGCUAAGAGAGGAGGGAUCGGUAAUAACGGAGUGGAGUAUUCAGCGGGUUGGAAUCCUAUUGGUGGAAGCUGUGGCUACUCCUCUUCUCUUUUAAGGGAUGAUGAGAGGAGAAGUAACUACUCUUCUCUUGCGGAUAGAAAAGGAAAAGUGACGGCUGAGUCUGUUGUGGAAGCGGCUAGUCUUGCUAUUAGCGGAAGAGCUUUCGAAGUUGUGUACUAUCCUAGGGCUAGCUCGUCUGAGUUUUGUGUCAAGGCGUUGGAUGCUAGGGCUGCGAUGCGGAUUCCUUGGUGCUCAGGUAUGAGGUUCAAGAUGGCGUUUGAGACGGAGGAUUCUUCGAGGAUUAGUUGGUUUAUGGGGACUGUUUCAGCUGUUAGUGUCUCUGAUCCUGUACGUUGGCCUAACUCUCCUUGGCGGCUUCUUCAGGUGGCGUGGGAUGAGCCGGAUCUACUCCAAAACGUGAAGCGGGUUAACCCGUGGUUGGUCGAGUUGGUAUCCAACGUACAUCCGAUAGUCCCUUCGUUUUCGCCACCUAGGAAAAAGAUGAGGCUUCCUCAGCAUUCGGAUUACAACGCACGGAUCUCAGUACCUUCAUUCGCAAGCAACCCGCUUAUCAGAUCAAGCCCGUUAAGCUCUGUUCUGGACAAUGUUCCCGUGGGUUUACAGGGAGCCAGGCAUAAUGCUCAUCAGUACUACGGGCUAUCAUCUUCUGAUCUCCACCAUUACUACUUAAACCGACCUCAUCCUCCUCCUCCUCCUCCAACUCUCACUGUUCCUCCGCCUCUAGGGUUUCGAAACAUCGAUAGCAAAAACGAGAAAGGGUUCUGUUUCUUGACCAUGGGGACAACACCGUGUAAUGAUACAGAGUCUAAGAAGUCACACAUCGUACUGUUCGGAAAGCUCAUACUACCCGAGGAGCAGAAAGGGUCAGAGAAGACGCAGAUUUCAUCAGGCGGAUCGAACCAGAACUGUGUUGGGGGUUCUUCAUCAGACGAAGGAUCACCUUGCUCCAACAAAGCUCAUGAUGGAUUGGGUUUGGAGACAGGGCAUUGUAAAGUGUUUAUGGAGUCGGACGAUGUGGGUCGGACGUUAGACCUAUCGGUUCUUGGCUCGUACGAAGAGUUGGGUGUGAAACUCUCUGACAUGUUUGGUAUUCAAAAGUCUGAGAUGUUGAGCUCUGUUCUCUAUAGGGAUGCAUCAGGAGCAGUCAAAUACCCAGGAAACGAACCUUUCAGUGAGUUCUUGAAGACAGCUCGGAGAUUGACGAUUCUAUCUGAGCAAGGAAGCGAGAGCGUUGUAGUAUAAGAAUGAAUCAGUGUGUUUUCUUGGAGCUUGAAGUUUCUGUUUAUUUUUCUUUGUUUAAAAAUAUUUAUUUUGGUUCCAUUAUUUUGGUUUAUGUAAUUUACGAAAUAUACAGUCAAUCUAUUUGCAAAUAAAAUAGAUUCAUCUUUUCUUA